UUACCUAUUUUAACUCACAAAAUUGUUUUGCACCUAUUAUAAAAGUUGAUAGUCUUGAAUGUUGGAAAUUGUUUCUCUAUAUGGGCGUCCAAUCAGUACAUUUCAUUAGCCUACUCAGCACUUCCGCAGUGAGAAGUUUAUACUGUAAUGUGCGGAUUUUAAAGGCUUUAAAUAUUUAGUUUUAAUAGUAAUUGCAGAGACGUACUGACAAACUUUGUUAAGUAAUUUAAAUCGCUUCUUCUAGUAAUAUAGGCAAACUAGUCCUAUUGAUCACAUUUGUUGGCUUCGUAACAUUGAAACCUAACAUUGAAACCGUUAGAUUUUAACUUAAAUAACAAUUUCUUUCAGGAUCAUUUAAAAAUUAAUUUUAAUUUACUUGUUUUUGUGACAUUAUUGAAAGUAAACUAAAACUUCCAACUAAGUUCUAGUCUUUACACCAGUUUAAAUUUGAAACCGAAUAAUAGGUUGUUUUGAAUGAAAAAUAAUUAUGUAAAAGAUGAAUGGGUUGCAAGAUGUCUCCAAAUGAGUAAAUGCUCUCAGUUUGUUAAUCAUCAAAAAACUAAUUUCCAGCUAGUGAAUGAUUGAGAUGAGAUAUUGAUACAAAGGAAGCAGAAUGUUGAUAAAGAGAACCUGUAUUGCAGUAUGUAUGUCAUGGCUUUGUUUACCAAGCCACGUGUAGAGUGAGUCAGCAGUGAAUAGGAACUGGACUGACUCACACACUGGGAGGUGUGAUGUACAGUAGUGUGUGGUGGUGUGGUGUAGUAGUACAGUACUGAACAGUAGAGUAGAGCAGAGAGGUAGUGGGUGCCAGCCACACAGUCUACUGGAGUGGACCAUUUACUUGUGUACCAUGUUGUUGCUUGUUUACCCAGGUCUAGAAACUGAUACCAUCGCUCCGAAGGAGGCGGUGGAUCACGCUACGACUUCAAAGCAUAAGAAGAAGCAUCAGACCGAGAAAUGGAACCAGAAGCUGUCGAAACAGACCUACACGCACUCCUGGAUGGUCACCUCGCUGAAAGGUCACACAGGUCAGGUCACUGACAUCGACUUCAGUCCCAACGGAAAGUUCCUUGUCACGUGUGCUGAAGCAGAUGGCAGCAGUGGUACAUCAAGCGGAAGCGAGAACAACAAAGAGAAUAACCCACGUCAGCCCACACUGAGUCGACGGCAGAAGAAAAACCGGACCAGAAAGGAUGACGGGUCUCCGGGUACCGUGAAGAAGAAGGAAACGGUGAGAAAGCAGAAGCAGAAACCGUCACCGGAGAUGUCAAGACAGUUACAGUCCCUCAACCUGUCUUCGGAGUACGAGUUGGACGCCUAUCUUCGCACCUACCUCAUGACUCCCCAACAGCUCGUGGAACUGGGGUUUCCGUUCGAGAAUGCUCUGUAUCCAGGCAAAGGGAUGAUUAUGAAGACUUCCGAUCCCAGCCAGAAAGUUAUAAACACCCAUAGACCUGGCUUUGAUGUUAACGCUAGAGAAUUUGUGCCAAAAGAAAAUAAUUCUUUUUAUAUGAACAGUCUCAUUAACAGCCUGGAGGAUGAGCGCCAUUCUUACGGAGGGAGGGUAUCUCGACUACCAACUGAGACGAGAGCUGAGGCACGCAAGUGCGUCAGGUGCAUGAAGGAAUUCUUCGUCACCAACAAUGGCGAAUAUUUAAGUGAAGAGCAAUGUGUCUACCAUUGGGGACGAAUCCAUCCUAAUAAGGAGCAUCCGACACACUACGUGUGCUGCCAAGGGAAACCUCACUCCAGAGGGUGCACUUUAGGCAGAUUACAUGUCUGGAGCGGCAUCUCCGUAGGAAUGAAUGGCCCUCUGGAGGGCUUUGUGCGGACACGCCCACGGAAGAAUCCUCCUGCAGACGAGCUUCCGGGUAUCUACGGAUUAGACUGCGAGAUGUGUUACACUACGACAGGGUUAGAGUUGGCAAGAGUCACAGUCGUCGCUAGAGACGGAAAAUUGGUCUAUGAUUCGAUAGUCCGGCCAGAGUCGGAAGUAAUAGAUUAUAAUACCAGGUUCUCGGGCGUGUCUGCCAAAGACUACAGCAACGGUAGGUGCUCUAAGUCACUGCGUGAGGUGCAAAGUGACCUCAUGGGAUUUAUCAAAGCCGACACGAUUCUGAUCGGACACGGGUUAGAAAAUGAUCUACGUGCCCUGAAGAUGAUCCAUAAUACAUGUGUAGACACUUCUGUCAUUUUUCCCCACCACUACGGCCUUCCUUAUCGCCGCUCGUUGAAAAGUCUCGCAAUUUAUCUCCUCAACAGAUCGAUACAAACGUCUCCUGCUGGCCACGACAGUUCAGAAGACGCGAGGACUUGUAUCGGUCUUAUGUUGUACAGAAUCCAAAAGGACUACCACCUUAAUCUUAAGUUUAGUGUGUGAAGAUGUCCUUUAGUCUAAUUAGUUUUUAAGUCUCGUGAUUCUAUUGUAAAUAUGUAAAUAUCUCAUUCUCUAGGUUAAGUUUUUUUUCGUUUAGUCUAUAUUUAGGUUUAAGCUUCAUUGUAUGUACAUAUCUCAGCUCUUCAUUCUCGACCAAUCGAUUUUAGUCAAAACGCAUUUUUUAUUAGUUCCUCCUAGUUUUAUAUACGGAUUUGUGACUUUUGUAUGAUUGUGUAAUUAUAUAGGUCUUCUUAUUCGUAAUAAGAUCCAAGUAUUUUUAUAUUGGGCUCGUGUUGUAAAGUUUAACUGUGAUUGGAUUUUGAUGGACGAAACUUAAUUUCAAGAGAAUGUUGUGAUGAUGGUAUUGUCCUGGAAGUUGGAGACUGCAGUGAUAUGUAUUUUGUACUGGGAAAUUUGAUAAAAAAAGUUUUCUAAACAGA